AUGAAGCCCGACGCGAGGCAAGAUGCCGGCGGUGGCGUGGCAGCAUUAGGCGUCUCCUGCUUCGACAUCAAGUCCUUCGUCGCCUCCCUCGCGCUGCUCACGCUCGUCAUGGCGCUCUGGCAGCUCCACCCUUACCAGCCGCUCCUCUCCGACUCCCGCCCGUCUUCCACCUGCCCCCUGCUCCCCCGCCUUCCCAUCUCAGCUUCCUCCCGCGCCGCUGCCACCGUCGCCUCAUUUCCUUCCGCCAACUCCAGUGUCAACGCUGCAAGCACCAAGACGGCCUCUUCGGCUGUUCCCGCCGUCACGACGACGAAGCCGGCUGCGUCCGUGCUGCUAGCCGCCCGGCCGCGGGAUCCCAACAAGCGGGACUUCCGUUCGUACGGCAGCGCGGCGGCUCUGUUCGUCCAGAUGGGCGCGUACCGGGGCGGCCCGCGUACGUUCGCCGUCAUUGGGCUAGCCUCCAAGCCGGCACACGUCUAUGGCACCCCCUACUUCAAGUGCGAGUGGGUACCCAACCAGGAUCCAUCGUCGCCGGCGCCGCCGCGGGCCGUUCGUACCAAGGCCUACAAGAUGCUGCCGGACUGGGGCUACGGCCGCAUCUACACCGUCGUCGUCGUUAAUUGCACAUUCCCCACCAACCCCAACGCCGACAACCGCGGCGGGAAGCUCCUCAUCCACGCAUACUACUCGACCGCCUCCCGCCGGUACGAGCGCUUCGUUGCGCUCGAGGAGGCGCGGGGUUCCUACGACGAGUCCCGGUUCCGGCCGCCGUUCCCCUACGAGUACCUGUACUGCGGCUCUUCGCUCUACGGGAAUCUCAGCGCAGCUCGCAUGAGGGAGUGGCUAGCCUACCACGCGCAUUUCUUCGGCCCUGCGUCGCACUUCGUGCUUCACGACGCCGGUGGUGUCAGCCCGGAGGUCAGGGCGGUGCUGGAUCCGUGGGUCCGGGCGGGCCGGGUCACCGUCCAGGACAUCCGGGCGCAGGCGGAGUACGACGGCUACUACUACAACCAGUUCUUGGUGGUGAACGAUUGCCUCCACCGCUACCGGCACGCCGCGAAUUGGACCUUCUUCUUCGAUGUCGAUGAGUACAUCUACCUCCCGGACGGCCGGACGCUGCAGGAGGUGCUGGGGCAGCUGGAGCCCUACACGCAGUUCACCAUUGAGCAGAACCCCAUGUCCAGCAAACUCUGCGUGGAGGAUCCAACCAUGGAAUACUCAAGGUGUGCUAUCCUCACCUAA